AUGCAUCUUUUUUUUCUUUCUGUUCUUUAUUCGACUUCAGUUUCCCUCAUUUGCCCGUCCAAACGAAAUGUGUUUUUUUUUUUCUCUGGGUGUCAUUUUUGUCCUUCUUCUCUUGCUUAUUUCCUACUCGAAGAUUUUUUUUCUUUUACUUCUGUUUUUCAUUCUUUCAAUUCCAUUAAUUUCCCUUCUUUCUCCUGUUUUUCAAUCCGAUCAUUUUUCUUUCUUUCUCUCUUUCUUUCAUUAUUUUUUCUUUCUUUCCUUCUUUCUUUACUUCUUUCUUUCUUUCUUUCAUUCUUUCUUUCAUUCUUUCUUUCUUUCUUUCUUUCUUUCUUUCAUUCUUUCUUUCUUUCUUUCUUUCUUUCUUUUCUUCUUUCCUUCUUUCUUUCAUUCUUUCUUUCUUUCAUUCUUUCCUUCUUUCUUUCAUUCUUUCUUUCUUUCAUUCUUUCUUUCAUUCUUCCCUUCUUUCUUUCUUUCUUUCUUUCAUUCUUUCUUUCUUUCUUUAAUUCUUUCUUUCAUUCUUUCUUUCUUUCUUUCUUUCUUUCUUUCCUUCUUUCUUUUCUUUCUUUCUUUAUUUCAUUCUUUCCUUCUUUCUUUCUUUCUUUCUUUCUUUCUUUCUUUCAUUCUUUCUUUCAUUCUUUCUUUUUUCCCUUCAGUCCAUUCCCUUCAUUCAGUUCUUUCUUUCUUUUUUCUUUCUUUCUUUCUUUCUUUCUUUCUUUCAAUGCCUCCAUUUCGUUAAGUUCAUUUCCGUCUUUCUUUCCUUCUUUCUUUCUUUAUCUUCAGUUAAUUCUUUCUUGCUUUCUUUCUUUCUUUUUCAAUGUCAUCAUUGCGUUCAUUUCAGUUCUUUCUUUCUUUCUUUCUUUCUUUCAAUGCCUCCAUUUCCUCAGUUCUUUCUUUCUUUCUUUCCUUCUUUCCAUUCAGUUCUUUUUUUCUUUCUUUCUUUCUUUUAAUGCUUUCAUCAGUUCAGUUCUUUCUUUCUUUACUUCUUUCUUAAACCGCCAUUCUUUCCUCGCGCCAUUCUCCUUCGGAACAGCUUUAGCUGUUAUUUCAUUUCUUUCUUUCUUUUUUCUUUCUUUCUUUCCUUCUUUCUUCCUUCCUUCCUUUCUUUCUUUCUUUUUUUCUUUUUUUCUUUCCAAUGAACUCAAUUCUUUUUUCUUUCGUUUUUCUUUGAAUUCCACACAUUUCUUUUCUUUCAUUCAAUCUCGAUUCUUUUCUUUCUUUAUUUAUUUAUUUCUUUCUUUUUUUUUUUCUUUCUUUCUUUCUUUUUUUCUUCUUUCUUUCCAUUUAAUUUAUUACUUUCCCUUCUGCUCAUUUCUUUCUUUUUCAUUAGUUUCUUUCUUUCUUUCUUUCUUUCUUUCUUUCUUUCUUUCUUUCUUUCUUUCCCUUCUGGUCAUUUCUUUCUUUCUUUCUUUCUUUCUUUCUUCACGUCUCUUCUCUUCUCUUCUUCCUUUCUUCUCUUUUCUUUCUUUCUUCUCUUUUCUUUCUUUCUUUCUUUCUUUCUUUCUUUCUUCUCUUUUCUUUCUUUCUUUCUUUUUUUCCAUUUUGUUUCUAACUUUCCCUUCUGCUCAUUUCUUUCUUUCUUUCUUUCUUUCUUUCUUUUUCAUUCAUUUCUUUCUUUCUUAG